AUGGCAACAGCGAAUCCACCUCCAGGCGCCUUUGCCGUGGAGGACCCCAACGGCGCGGAUCCCUUCGUUACGAGCUCGCACGACGCCCAGAGGCAUAGAUAUGCCGCAUUCGACAAGUCAUCGCUGUACGUGGGCGGUUCACCUGCGCAAGCCGAGCGGGCGCUACAGGCCCACCUCGCCGAAACCACACGCAGGCUACAAGAAACGUCACAUCUGGGCAAUGCGCUUCUUCAACAGAGGAAGGAGUUGGAAGACAGACUGAGGGAAGUAGCAGAGCAAAAGCAGGCCAGUGAUAUUGGUCCCGAGCUACGUUCGAAGCUCGUCGAGCUGGAAAAGGAGUUCAAUGAGGUUGGCAGGGAGACUGCCCGCGCAUUUCUGCCAAAGUCCAGGGUGCCAAGUGGAGAAACGAACGCGACUGCAGGUGCUUCGGAAUUCACUAGUGAAGGACACCAAUCUCCGACAAAGGUCAGCGUUCCGUCUCGAAAGCAGAGAAAUCAACAACCGAGCCGAAUUAAUGAUAUUGCUCUGGCUACGGAAAUUUCCACCUCGCUUCUCGCGCAACUGAAAGACCUGCAAUCCGUCCUGCUCGAGAAAGAUGAGGCUCUCAAGGCCGCCAACCUGGACAGGUCACAACUGGAGAUUGAGGUGGAGGGACUAUCGCAACGCAUGCGCACUCUUGACGAGAGUGAAUCUAGGCUCAAGGAUGUCAACUGGAACUUGGAGACCCAAUUGCGCGACUUUGAGACGCAGACCAAAGCAGCUGCGGACAGAGAGCAGCGCUUGAGUCACACUCUCAAUCUCGCCAGGUCCGAGAAGGCAACCCUCGAGCGGGAGUUUGAAGAGUUGAAGCACUUAUACUCUAAAGCCACUGAUGACCAUGCGCUGAAAUUUAAACAACACGAGACCGAAUUGUCAGGCCUGCGGCGAAAUGUUAGCAUGGGAGAAACGGAACGCGGAGCUCUUCAGCGCAAAAUGGAGGAGUUGGCUACUCAAAACCAUGAACUUGCGCGGGCUGUCCAGCACCGCCUGCGCGCGGAAGAGCAAGGUUCUGCCGAAGAUACCUCUCCGGACGAGAAUCCAGAUGGUGGUAAUACAAUAACACCUGAACACUCGCCUCCUCCGUCCCCAAUCAAGCCUACGCCUCGCCAUGGUCAACUUGAGUCUGAAACCCUCAAGCACUCUCUCAACCACGCUCAUCGUAUGAUUCAACAGCUCAAAAAUAACAUCCACCGAGAAAAGACGGAGAAGAUCGAGCUCAAGCGCAUGCUUCAGGAUGCUCGUGAUGAGCUUGAGUCCAACCGCAACACCUUGAACGGUCCCGGAAGUGCUAGCAAGCGUAGGAAGAACGACAAGGACGUCUUCAAGAAGCCCCCAAGACCGGAUCGCCUCGGAGCUCUCCGACACGGAAGCCAAGAGAUUGUCAUAGAUGACGAUGAGUGGGAAGAGCAAGAUGGUGUACCUGCCACGCCAAGCAGAGCACCUCGAUCAGUUGAAGCUGUGCCCGGUGCUUGGGGAGGCUUCAGUUCUGCUGCAGAGACCAGUGCUAACGAGGGCUUCGAGACUGCCAACGAGACCUCUGAUGCUGCAUUCGAGACCGCCAAUGAGCGCGAUGGAACCACUACGGAAACCGAUGCUUUCCAGACUGGAGCGGAGACCCUGGAUGGCGAUAGCAGCGACGAUCUGACAGAGACUGAGGCUGGACCAUCGACUACGGGUACGAUACGACAACGACCGUCUUCGCUGGCAAUGUCACACCGCGACUCAUACGAAAGCACGGCUUCUACUUCUGGUGACGAAUGGGACGAUAAGGAGAUGAGGACGCCUGUGCAGCCUCAAAACUUCCGCUCCAGGGUCAAGUCUCGCUCCGGUGCGUAUCGCAGAUCCACGCCACGAGCAAGUCAGGAAAUGUUCCUGGACUCGUCUCCUGCAGUGAGGGACUCACCUUCGAGUUUCGUUCAGAGCAACAAUAGCACGCCGGUCCAGGGCAAGAGCUUGUUCGCCGAGCUGGAAAACAUGAGUGGAGGAGAAAGUGAUGAUGGCAGUAUUGUGGAGGGCACGCCGAAUCGAUCCAGUGUACUGUCGCCAGAGUCUUCUCCAGAAGCCUUCAGAAAGUCCACGCUGCGCAGUUCGCCACUGCAGUCCGUCAUACUAUCCAGACCGCCAAUGGUCGAUUCUGGCAUGAUGACGGAACCGUGGACACCACCUCGACCGUUUAAAGCUAGCAAUGCUUCCUCCAUAUCAGCGCAGCACACCGAGCCCCUGAGCGCGCUUCUGCCGUCGUUCAGUAUGUCAGGGCUUGCAACCCAAGGCACAGAGCCGCGGUCAACGCCGACCCCAUCACUUGCGAUGUCAUCCUACGCUACUCAGGGCACCGUACCACAGUUGGCACCUUUGUCAUCAUUUGCCUUGUCUACGCUUGCCACUCAAGGCACGACGCCGCUGACGAUCCCUGCUCAAUCCUUAGGCAUGUCACAUAUGGUUGCACAGGGAACAGAGCCGCGCGAGACGUCUAUCGCAUCGUUACAGCUGUCUAUGCUAUCCGAACAGAACACUACCCCUCAGCAUAACGCUCCGCCUGCGUUGCACGUGUCUACUGUUUCAGCACAAGAUACUUCUCCGCAAUCCAUUCCUCCUCCCUCGCUCCACAUGUCUAAUGUGUCAAGCCAAGGAACUGUUCCAGAGUCUCCUUUACCGCCAUCGCUCAAUAUGUCAUCGUUCGCGGUUCAGGGCACCGACCCAGUGUCACCUGUUGUCACACGAACAGUUCCCCCCGGUUUUCGGUGUGUCGUCUAUUGCUAG